AUGUAUCGCCCGCAUAUUCAUACGCCUUUCGCAAGGCAUCCAAUACCUACAGGCGGAUUUGAAGAAGCGACGGUUCAAUUUACCAGCUCGGGCCACGAGAGUAGAUUCUCUGGCACUUCUGGUUUUAACUGUACUCAAUCACAGGCGUACAGUACAUCGGCAGACUCGUUGAUUGGCUGUCAGAAGCAGCUCUCUGUUCGGAAAAGACAUCAUCGGCCCCAAAGAGAGAUAUCUACAGAUGAGCAUUCGAUUCACCUGAGUGAGAUGAAUACCCCAGGGGCACUAGUUUCGCCCUCAUGUUCUACCCACAUGCUACCCCCUCAUCACUUGCCUGACGAGAACCAACCAAGAGGCCAUGCGGGAACAUGGAAUGAGAAUCGGCUUCAUGGAAUCGGCAACCCGAUAUCGAACGUUUCAAGCUGGGAUGUAUCGGAGCAGAGGCUAGGAUCGCAGUCUAUCCCUGAUCCAAAUUCAGCCUAUUCGCCAAAAAAUAGCCUUUCGCCCUGGCAUGGCCAUUAUGGCCAAAGAAGCCAUAAUGAUUGUCAAGAUUCUGCUGGGAAUCUAGCAUCACGACGUCCCCGUAUAACCCCUCCUGAACUAAAUGGCUCACCCCAAGCAGAACAGCUACUAGCCACGGAGAGCUGCACUGAUGAUAGACCUGAGGCCCUGAGGAGCAAAUUUAAGGAGCAAUUCGAGUCCAACCGGUCAGUCGCCUCUCCUGGGCACGACUCCGCUCAUAAUGCGGGUCAAGUCCCUGUCUCUCCCCGCAGAAUAAGUAUUGGCUGGAUGUCCGAAGGGCGCCGUAUUGGGUAUGGAUAUACGCUUAUACCGGCAGAUGGUACAGAUGACGGACGGGAGCUACGUCAAGACAAACAUGGCUCUCCUGAUAGUGACCACUCAAACAGGGAACCCCCCAUUGGCUUGGUCGAAGAAAAAUCCCAUGAUUGCGCUAAGGACAAGCCAGAGUGGAUGGGAAACGACAAUAAAGCCCCAUCUAAAGCGAGUGAUCCAAGGUUUGAUAUAGCAGCUGCUCUCCAGAAGUUGAAUCUUCCCCGAUGGGCUGGACCAAGCUUCUCACUCAAAACCAACAAUGUUAAUGAUACAGCUAGCUGUGGUUCUGCCUCCUCUCCUUUAUUGGGAAUUCUUGCAAAACCAAAGAAGAACCAGGAAGAAGUCAACAAUGAAGCUAAUGCAGAUAACCCGUGGAGGUUUUGUUCCUGGGUUCGCCCAGAUCAGGCCUUGAGCGGACAGCCGGUGCCCCCAGUAAGCAGCGUUUCGUCCAGCCAGAGCAUGGAGACACAGCUCCUGGACAAGUUAGCAAGAAACAAACGCAAGAUGGCCGAGAUAGCCCGUGAUCUGGAGCAGCGUGCGUUAGCAAAGCUCGCCACAUCUACAGAACAGUUCCCCGUGAUUCAGCGAACCGCAACCCGAGUGCUGAGACUUAAAGGUCCGGGUGGUAGGACACGUCUAGGUAGGAUUUCUGGUCGACGGGGCUCCAAAUGGAUUCGAACCAGACGGAUUUCUAUCCAAAGCAUGAAUAGAACGGACAGGGCAUGCGACCAACUCUCAAGGCGAGGGAGCUCAGGAAGUCUAGAAGAGUGGGACAGUUUGUACGAGGAGUGUCUGGAAGAACACCCAAUCCCUGAAUAG